UUGUUCGAACAAUUUGCAUCGUAUAUUACAAAUCUACCCUUAACAACAAACUGUUCGUAUACAGAAACACAACUCGUUAUAGGACAGGGAACAUAUGGAAGUGUUGUAAUUGGCACCAGACCGACAGAUAAUAAAUUUGUUGUCAUCAAGAGAUAUAACCAACCUUUGACAUUAAAUUACAGGACAACUAUAAAAGAAAUGUGUUUUUUAAACGAACUAAGACACGAAAACAUUGUUAGAAUUUUGGAUAUCUGUGUUCAUAAUGGUAUAAUUUUGGAGCUUAGUGUUAUCAGUUUAGGUGGCUACCUAAAUCCCGAGAUUAAACUUGUGUUGGAACUAUGUCGGUGUGAUCUACAUGAGUUCAUUUAUUCGGCGUUCUACUCUGAAAAUCAUCGAAAAGUAAUCGUCAAACAAAUUUGUAGAGGUCUUUCAUACAUUCACAGUCGCGGCAUCAUUCACCGUGACUUGAAACCGGCAAAUAUUUUGAUUGGCCCUGAUGGAAAACUUAAAAUAGCUGACUUUGGAUUAUCUCGAUUACACCAAGGGAGCACAAAUUCGCCUUAUACGCCAAGUGUUGGUACACAUGGAUACCAGGCUCCGGAAAUUUUUUUGGGUUCUGUAACAUAUGACGAAAAAGUGGACAUUUUCUCAUUGGGUGUCAUCAUCAUAACUUUAUAUACCAAAACGGAAAUAUUUGUGGCAAGCAAAAAUAUCCUCUCUUAA